AUGUCUUCAAAUACCAAAAAAGUUGUCAAGUUUAAAUCAAUUGAAGAUUUCAAAUUACGAAAGUUCAAAAGUCGCUCAGCUAGCACAUCGCCAACUACAAAAUCGUUCGACACCAAAAUAGAUAAUAGCAUUGACGGAUUACUUACUGCUAACAAAAAUUCCAAUACUUCACUAGAUACCUCGAAUGAUAGCUUCUCUUUACCUCGUGCCAGGUCGUCAGGGCUUGGGCUCAAUAAUAUCAAUGGUGUCAACAGUAACUCCAAUACUCCUUCAAAGAUCUUAGCUGAGGAUGCAAAGAAUAAUACCACCAGCCAUAAUGAUAGCGCUAAUGGAUCGACGACUGUUUUUUUCCCAAAGCAAAGACGGUCAACUUCUUUUAAUGUCUAUCGACAAUCAAUAAUCAGCACAAAUAGCCGUCAUACUGCAGUUUCAAGCAUGGGGAGAAACAGCAUGAUUUGGCCAGACCAAGAUCAUGAUGACAACGAUAGCAGGUAUGAUUUGCAUACCGAAGACGAAGAUAUAAACACAAUGAUUAAGCAUCAAAACAGCAGCGGAGAGAAUAUUAAUAACAAGCGAUUUUCCUUGCUUAAUGUUGUCCCAUCACCAAGAAUUGGUUCGGUACCUGGAAACAAGAGUGAGGAUGGCAACGUAACUUCACGCUCGCCAUCACCUCAAGCCAAUCUUACUUUUGGAUCAAGAAGACACAGUGUUAUAAGUAUGGCAUCGAGAUCAAGUAAUGGGGGCCCUCCCAGACUGGCAGGAUCCAACACAACAUCAGGCACUAAGUUUAGUAAAGGAAGCCUAGAAAAACAUCAACAUCUCAGAAAAACAUCAUUAGGACAACCUUAUAAAGGGAUCGAUGCUGAUAUUGAAGAGAGUAGUUCCACAAUCCUCCCGCCGGCCGCCGAGGUUCAAAAGGGAACCAUCUCUUCUAUAACCACUACGUCUACAACGCCGGAUAUUUCUAAUAAUUCGAAGAUCCAGAUAAAUGGGUUAACUUCAAGAAUCUCUAGAAAAAGCCGAACUAGCCAAGUUAAAGAUUAUAAAAAGAAGGAAGAGAGUGCAAAGUAUGACAGAAUAACCAAAUCUUUGACGAAUAUGUUUGAUAAUCUACAAACCUCGAACCAAAAUAAGGCUGCGUUGAUUGCCAGACUUCAACAGUUGAAGCAUCAAAAUGACAAUCAUCGGGCAAAGCUAGAUGUAUUAUUAGCCAAAAUCAAAGAGGUUGAAACCAAUUUCGAAGCCUAUGAUCACAAAGUCGAUAACGAUUGCACGUUGAUAAUGAUUUGCAUGUGCUUGAUAAAGAAUAUUUAG